CGUGGAAAAAGAAAAAAAAAAAAACCCUUGAACAGUGAAGGGUUUAAGAGCAUAGGCGCCUUUGUGGUGUUGAGCUGAGUAGAGUAUCGAACCAGACGAGGUUUCUCUUAUUGAAUUUGUUUCCACCAUGUUUUCUCGCACUCGCACCUUUCCUUUCAUCCCCAUCGCCUCCAAAGUGUGUGCCUCUCCACUCGAAGCUUCCUACUCCACCCACAUUGUCGGCGAUAAGCCCGUUCUGGUUCGGGAUUUUAUUCAUUCCGCACUCUACCACCCCUUACAUGGCUACUUCUCCCGAAGAUCGGGCUCCGUUGGAGUUCUUCCUAAUGCUAUCAAGUUCAAUCAGCUUCAAGGCCGUAAAGCUUAUAUGAAAUACUUGGAUAAUAUUUACAGGCAGAGUGACAUAUCGUGGUUUACACCAGUGGAACUUUUUAAGCCAUGGUAUGCUCAUGCUAUUGCUGAAGCCAUCAUGCGCACGGCAAAUUUCUCUGUUCCUCUAAAAAUAUAUGAAAUUGGUGGUGGAUCUGGAACUUGUGCCAAGGGUAUAAUGGAUUACAUAAUGUUGAAUGCUCCUGCAAAAGUUUAUAACAGUAUGACUUACACCUCAGUUGAGAUUAGUCCUUCACUUGCUGAGGUGCAAAGAGAAACUGUUGGUGAAGUGCGCAGCCAUAUACCAAAGUUCAGGGUAGAAUGUCGUGAUGCUGCUGACAGGAGUGGAUGGGGGAAGGUGGAGCAACAACCGUGUUGGGUAAUAAUGCUUGAGGUACUUGAUAAUCUUCCACAUGAUCUUAUCUAUGCAGAGAAUCAAAUUUCUUCAUGGAUGGAAGUCUGGGUUGAGAGGCAACAUGACCAUGAGACAUUCAGUGAGUUAUACAAGCCCAUGCAAGACUCAUUAAUCACACGUUGUGUUGAGAUCAUGGACUUGGAUAAAACCAACACAACUCACAGCAGUGCAGUAUCUACUACUCUGAAAAGCAUUUGGUCUAAGGUUUACCCAAAACCACGUAGAUGUUGGCUACCGACCGGUUGCUUGAAAUUACUUGAGGUUCUCCAUGAGGUGUUGCCAAAGAUGUCUUUGAUUGCCUCUGAUUUCAACUACCUGCCAGAUGUGAAGUUACCUGGUGAAAGAGCUCCCUUGGUUUCAACUAAAAAAGAUGGGAGCAGCACAGAUUAUGACAGUUAUAUGGAGGCUAAGGGUGACGCUGAUAUCUUCUUUCCUACAGACUUUUGGCUCUUGGAGCGAAUAGAUCAUUAUUGUUCUGGGUGGCUAAAACUUCAUGGUGAUCAUACGUCAAAAAAAGGAAAGAAAAGGAGAACAAUUACGCUGGAAACAUCAUCUUUCAUGGAGGAGUUUGGUUUACCCACAAAAACGAGAACCAAGGAUGGAUACAACCCACUCUUGGAUGACUUCAAAAAUACCAAAUUUUAUCUUAGUGUCCCUACACACAAUAUUAAGUAGCUAUAGUCAUGCUCAAUACAAGUACUCUCAUUCACAAGGACGUGCCACGGACGUGUACCAUCAUUUCAUGGUCUUUGAGCAUAAAUGAGUUUCAAAGUACCGUGUCUGCGGUCAUACGUAAUCGAUGGCAUUUUUUUCCUUGGACAUGUAGCCUUCCUAUCUGAUACCCCUCAAAUUGUUUGAUUUAAUUGUAAUACACAUUUUUACAUAGGUUUUAGAUCAACACGACUUUUAUAGAUCACAAUAAUCUUUGUAACAUCGUAUUUGGUAGAA